AUGCCCUUCAACGCUGGAUACUUUAACUGCCCACCAUCUCUAUUUCAAUCUCUGCUCCAACCUCCGCUCCAACCUCCGCUAAUGAAAACAACAGUGGAACUCGAGAAAUAUUUUGGCACCGGCAAACUGAGUUCGGUCCGUGCAGCAAUGAAAGAUGACAUCGUUUUCGAGGUGCUCGGUUCCGAUGAGAUCUUGAUCAAGACGAAAGCUUUUGUCGAGCGUACUCGAAAUGACCGUGCACAAGAAAAGGACAAAGUUGAAGUCGACUCUCCUCGAGCUACAAUGGCGCCACGUUUGACGGAACUUAUGGAGCAUUUCACUAUGCAGCUUGUCAACAUGUAUCCGAAUCCAAUUCCAUUGUCGGAUGUCGGUAUCUUCUACUCAAGGCAUUAUGGUGCUGAAGUGAAUCCAGAAAGACUCUACGCGAAACAUUGGUCGGAUCUAUUCGCCACGACUUUCUCAUCGAGAACGAUGGUUAAAGAUGGAUCCAUUCAUUUACGCGAGGCCUACGUGAAAAAGCACAAUAUCAAGCCAAAGCACGUUGACCAAAGCCACGCGAAAGCUGGUAAUUUACAGCUUGCAAUGAUAAACGAUCUUAAUGAAUCAAGCCUCGAAUCCGGUGAUGAAUCAGAAGAAGAAGAAGAGGAUAAAUGUGAUGAGAUGAUUGCUGAAACGGGUGUAUCGUUAACCAGUAUACCUCUCGAACCGGCUCCGAUGGACUUGAUAAGUGCGAUUCCUCUUCCACCAGAACCGAAGCCAACACUAGUUCUUCAAACUCAAAGAUCAAGCACGGUCAACGCCUUUCUCAAGUUCAAAUGCAUGGAACGCGGUCAACAUAAGCAGAAGAUCACUGUGGAAGUGGCGGGACCUAAAGCGAGUAUGUUGGAGAUUCCAGAACCAGCAAAAGCCAAAGCACAAGAACCACCAAAAGCCAAGAUGCCGGAGACUCCAGAGCCACCAAAGGCCAACGCGCAAGACCCUCCGUUUCGAUUGAGAAUGAUCGACAGGAUUAAGAAGCCGAAUCAAAUUAAGAAGGAGCCAGAAAAUCAACGACCGGAGACGCCCGUCAUGCCCACAGUUGCCGCCAAAAACACGUCACCUCAGCCACAAAAGAAGACCGAAUCGAAGUCGAAAGAGACGCCAAAAAAGGCGGAAAAGAAUCAAACGAAGAAGCCGGUUCAAAUGGUAGUGGAUCAAGAGUUGAGCAAUAUGGCAAGCUGCUUCGCCAGGCUUGCCGUCACUCCCACCCAGGCACUGAGUGCAACGAGGCCAACGGUGCCGGCAAAACCAAAGGAAAGGAAAGGAGCAACCGUCAAAUUCGAUCCCGUCGACGAUGUGAAGAGACGGUGCGUGGAGAAAAUGGCGCUUAUGGCCGAAAUGAAGCAUGAAGGCACGAUCCGCACGCACGCGUCGAUCGCAGCGUCUGUACUUCCACAGCGAACACGACGCCCAAUGCUGCUUAGCAAAGUCACCGAGAAAAGUUACCCG